ACACCUCGACAGAAGAUUCAACUACGACCAACUGACAACCACUCACAAUCCUGGAGCCUCGAGGCUGAGGCGUCCACUCUGCAAUAAAGCGACUUACUUUGGGUUCUCCUCUAUCACGCACACGUCGCGUCGUUCCUUCGCCACGGGAGAUGAAUUGCGAAUGUACUGCCCCUCCAUCAUCAGAUCACGACUCAUUGGAUAAGACCCGCGAUGUCUUACAUUGUCCCAAUCCACCCUCCUAGCGGUGUACGGCAUGCUAUCAAGUUGAACUUCCUGGAGCCUACCACGGACACACUCAUUGUCGCGAAGGCGAAUCGACUCCAAAUAUUCGAGCAAGGGCCGGAAGGCCUGAGCCUGCUGCACACGAAGACCGUCUAUGGCUACAUCACCAUACUCGAGAAGCUCCGCCCGGAGUCUUCCAAGACCGACCACCUUUUUGUCGGGACCGAUCGCUACCAAUACUUUACUUGUUCAUGGAACGCGCAGACAAAACAGCUGCAAACAGAGCAGAGCUAUGUGGAUCUGGCGGACAAGGUCCUGCGCAGCUCGCAAGAGUCGGACAGAUGCCAUGUGGACCCUACGCGGCGGUACAUGACGCUGGAGCUGUACGAUGGAGUAAUUUCAGUUUUGCCCUUUGUUCAGCCUUCCAACAAACGGGUCAAAAGAGAAAGCACUUCCAACACUCAGGUCGGGGCCCUCGGCGAGCCGGUCCAGGUCAGAAUUGAGGAGUUGUUGACAAGGUCAUCUGCCUUUCUGGAAAUGGAUCCCGACUCAAAGGACAAUCCGAGGCUGGCUAUCUUGUGGGAAGACAACUUGGAGACCCCGCAACUGGUGCUGAGAGAGCUCAAGUACCGUGCGGGUGGAGAGCAGGCAUCUGCAGAUCUGGAGAGAGUGGCCGAACUCAAGGGGGACCAGCUCGAUAAGGGCGUGAGCCAUCUCAUUCCCGUCCCGGUUCCGUACGGAGGCUUCUUAAUUCUAGGCGACCACGCCAUUCGCUACGUCGACCGCGACUUAAGCAAUGUCGUUACUCAGCCUCUAGAAGACAGCUCGACGAUAUGGACUUGUUGGACCAACGUCGACGAUCGGCGAUGGCUCCUUGCGGACGACUACGGCAAAUUGUUCUUUUUGAUGAUCGAGACUAGCUUUUCCGAAGUGAUAUCGUGGAGACUAGACCCUGUCGGAGUUACCUCAAAGGCUUCUUCCUUGAUAUAUCUCGACGAGGGCUACGUCUUUGUGGGUUCGCAUGCGGGCGAUUCGCAAGUUGUGCAUAUCGAAGAGGAAGGGGUUCGCAUCGUCCAGACAUUCCCCAAUAUUGCCCCUAUCCUAGACUUCACAAUCAUGGAUCUGGGUCGAGGUGCCGAAGGUGGCGCAGCGCCCGAAUUCUCUUCUGGUCAGGCCAGGAUAGUGACAGCCUCUGGAGCCUGGCAGGAUGGGAGCAUUCGAAGUGUCAGAAGUGGUGUUGGUCUGGAAGAGAUCGGUACGAUUGGCGAGCUAUCUCACAUUAUCGACCUGUGGGGUUUGAGCUCAACAGGGCUGGACAGCACGCAGGACACAUUGCUUGUGUCUUUUGUCAACGAGACGCGAAUAUUCAAGUUUGAUGCGGAAGCCUCAGUUGAAGAAGUCGACGACUUUCAUCAUCUCGAAUUUUCCCAGCCAACGCUCCUUGCGACAAAUCUUCCAGACCGAAAGCUCGUCCAGGUCUAUGAGACCGGUUUCCGGAUCACAGAUCUUGAAUCGAGUAUGCUGACCCUGGAAUGGAAACCACCCGAUGCUGCGGCAAAGAUAACGGCCGCAAGUGCAAAUUCAGUCCAUCUCCUCCUAGUGGAAGGCGGCCACACUCUCCAUGUCUUCCACAUCGCGACCAGCGACGCCAAACCUACUGUCUCAAAGACCUUCCCACCAAACUCACAAGUAUCAGGAGUAACAGUUCCAGACACACAGAGCAACGUCUGUAUCGUCUCCUUCUGGCAAACUGCCUCUGUUGCCAUCCUUGACCUACACUCCCUCGACAUCCUCCAAUCACAAAUAGUUGGCAGCCCUGGUACAGAUAUUCCACGAUCAGUCCUGGUUGCUAACGUCCUGCCUGACGCUCCUCUGACUUUGUUUGUUGCAAUGGCCGACGGCACAGUUCUGUCGUAUUCGUUUGACCCUUUGAAGAACUCUCUGUACGGUAUGACGAGGAUUUUAUUGGGAACCGAGCCCGUGUUCUUCAAACAACUACCCAAAGACAGCCGAUCAGGCUUGUCCAAUAUAUUCGCUUCGUGCGAACAGCCCUCUUUGAUAUAUUCCUCCGAGGGUCGCAUUAUCUAUUCAGCGGUAAACGCUGAUAGUGCCUCUCGCGUGUGUAGCUUCAAUUCUGAAGCAUAUCCCGGGGCCAUUGCUAUAGCGACUCCAAGCGAGCUGAAGUUGGCCCUGAUCGGAACGGAGAGAACGACUCAAUUGCAAACGCUUCCCGUUCGCGAAACAGUGAGAUGUCUCACCUACGAACCCAAGGCUAAGAUGUUCGCGAUGGGCUGUGUCAGUCGAGCCAUCGAGGACAAUGCGGAAGUCACAAUGAGCUCUGUCAAGAUUGCGGAUGAGGUGAGCUUCAAGGAGUUGCACUCGGUAGAUCUGCAAGAGAAAGAGUUGGUAGAGUGUAUUGUGACAACGGGCUCUUUCGAGACGGAGAAUGAAGCCCGUGCGUACGGUGAGAUGUUUGUGGUGGGGACAAGCCUUCUCGAGGAAAAUGAAUCGGGCGAGGAGUGUCCAAAAGGCCGAAUACUUGUGUAUGAGGUCAAUAAAGAAAACAGGCUGGAGGAAGUUACUCAAAUCAGGGUCAAGGGUGCGUGUAGGAGUCUGGCUAUGUGCGAGGGGAAGAUUGUGGCGGGCUUAGUGAAAACGGUCGUUCUUUACGGACUGGUGCCCUCGUCGACAAGAGGAGACCACUCUCUCAAACUGGAAAAGCUGGCCACGUACCGCACGUCAACGAACCCGCUGUCUCUUGCCGUCAUGCCUGCCACUCCUCGUAGACCAGCCUCAAUCGCCGUUGCAGAUCUGAUGAAAUCUUUGUCCAUCCUUCAAGUCAUCCACGACCCGUCUUCCUCGACAGGUUACACUCUGCAAGAAAUAUCGCGUCAUUUUGCUACGCUUUGGUCUUCGGCGACUGCGGUCAUCAUGGAAAAUGAAUGGGUUGUUGCCGAUAUGGAAGGCAACUUAACCAUGCUUAGGCAGGUUAAGGAUGGCAGCGGUGCUAGUGGCUUUAACCGCCGGCUGGAAGUUACGGGAGAAUUCCGGCUGGGGGAGGUUGUCAACAAGAUUGUCCCUUUGACGCUCACUCCGACAGCCCAAAGGGAGAACCAAAACAACCACACAAAGAAUGCCGAGCAGGCCGAGGAUUUUUCAAGCCCGGAUAGUCGCCGUUUUGGAGGCGCAGAGAAGUCGGUUGCUUCCAAGGUUGCGCGUCAGGGACCGAUUGUCACUCCGCGGGCAUUCCUGGCGACCAUUGAGGGUGCGAUAUACAUGCUUGCAACCAUCAAUCCAGGUUUCAUGAACGUGCUUCUAACCUUGCAGUCCGCAUUGGCAAAUCGAGUGCAGGCCCCAGGCUAUAUGCCUUGGAGUAAGUUCCGGGCAUGGAGGACUGAGGUGUCGGAGAAGGAUGAACCGUUCAGAGUUGUGGACGGAGAGAUGUUGGAGCAAGCGUUGUUGAGCAUGACUGAUGAGGAACUGGAAGGAGUUAUUGGGGAAGGUGGCCUGACGGAGGAGCAGUUGGGAGUGACCGUACAGGAGGUGAGGACGUGGGGAGAAGAGCUGAGGCGAUUGUGUUAGGGUCAGAAGCCAAAGCUCGGGACAAGGUGGGGUGCACGGAGGAGACACACCCCAGGAUGAGGAGUAAUACGAUUGCUUAUCGCCGGGUCUGGGCUCGUAUACCUGUUAGAGGGCUUGCAAAAGCAGGGAAUAGGAAGAUCUGCAAGGAUAUCAAGAGUGUCGUCUCUCUAUGGGAAUGGGAGCGAUGUCGGGUUGCGACACCGAUGGCGCCAAGUCUGGAACUCAUUAUUCCAAGAUCCCUCCGCCCCCCUCCCGCUCCGCUGUUGUCUUGGCACCUUUUGACGCCCUGCAUACGCUCUCCACCAUCAUGCAGCCUGCCAGCCAGGGGGAACGGAACAAUGCCAGUCAGCACGGUUGGCAUUGAUCGUCCGGCGGGACUGUGCAGCUGGGGAACAAUGAGAAACUCUUUAGAUGAGCCAAACAGAAAACAGAUGCGUUGACCAUUAGCCUUCCCUCCCGAAAU